CAGUUUACAAAUGAAAUAAAACAUGGGCGGGGGGAAUCACGUACGUCUUCGCCAAUACGGAUGGAUAUCAGAGCCUCCACCAUAAUCCAUCCACGAUGCUCCCUCUACCUCGAGUCGCAGAGCUACGCCCCCGUCUGCUUCCGCUUCCGCUUGUUGUAUUAUGGCCCCAGCAGCCUCCGUAGCUCCGCCCUCCAGGGAAGAGAGUCUGGAAACCCAGGUCCGCCCUCUUCGGCAUGAAGCCCCCACAAAGGCGGCGAGUUGCCCCGGCGCGCUAUCUGGGCGAGGUUACCGGCACCACGGUCUGGAGCGCCCGCGAGAAGCGGCAGCUGCUCCGACUACUGCAAACGCGGCGUGGCCAUCCGGAGCCGGACGCCGCCGAGCUGGCCGGGGAGCUGCCGGGCCGGAGCGAGGCGGAGAUUCGGGAUUUCCUCCAGCAGCUCAAGGGCCGUGUGGCCCGGGAAGCCAUUCAGAGGGUGCAUUCAGGUGGCCCAAAGGGUCAAAGACGCCUGGAAGCACAGAUUCCGGCCCCCAUCGAGGUGUGGAUGGAUCUGGCAGAGAAGGUAACAGGCCCGCUGGAGGAAACCCUGACUGUGGCUUUCUCACAGGUGCUCACCAUCGCAGCUGUGGAGCCCACCAGCCUCCUGCAGUCCAAGCCCUCCAAGCCCACGCAGGCUCGUGGGAAACUGCUGCCCCUCAACACCGCUAGUGGGCAGGAAGACCAGAGAUCUGAGGCUCCUGGCCCCUCCUCUGAGGCACCUUCUGAAUUCCCAGCUGGCCUCUCUGCUGAGGGAGACCUUGUAGUGGACUUUGAGAAGAUCUACAAGUACUUGUCCUCCAUCUCCCACAGCUGCCGUGGCCCUGAGCUUUCCGCAGCUGAGUCAGCGGUGGUCCUUGACCUGCUCAUGGCACUUCCUGAGGAGCUGCCUCACCUGCCCUGUGCAGCCCUGGUUGAGCAUAUGAUGGAUACAUACCUACGCUUGAUGGCUCCCCAGUCUGACCCCAGCAGUGGGAACUUGCAACCAGGGCCUGAGGACUGUGGGACUGGCCCUAGGGGGCAAGAGAAGACCAGCCAGGCUACCCCCCAGGCCCCUGAGAAGGCCAGGCCUGAUGAACCAAGAUCUGCCUGGCAAGCAGCUGGGGUCUGCCCCCUGAACCCAUUCCUGGUGCCCCUGGAGCUUCUGGGCCAGGCAGCUACUUCUGCAAAGUGAGGGGCCCAGCAGGCAAAGGACACACCAAACAUCUCUUAGCCCCUGGCCCUCAAUUCUGUUUGUGCUGGCACUGGGUAUGCAUGGGGAUCUGGUCAUGGUGGAAAGUCCCUGACGGGUGUGCAGUACCAAGUGGCCUUCAAGACCCUCAAUACGGCAGGGGUCUCAGAAGUGGAAACCCAGUUGUACAGAAGUCCAGCCACAGAACUGAGGUGAGGACCACCACAUGCCUGGGCUAAAAGCCACCACUAGCACCUCCCCCCCAUUGGCCCCUCCUGGCUUCUUGCAUCCUGUGGCCUAUGUCCUAUGCUCAGGGGUCCCCAACCCCCAGCUUCAGACCUGUAUUGGUCUGGGUGGCCUGUUAUGAAACAGGCUGCACAGCAGGAGGUGGGAGGGGGCCAGUGAAGUUUCACUCACAUUAGCAUUACUGCCUGAGCUCUGCUUCCUGUCUUUCCACUGUCGGCACCCCUUCCCCCUGCCCCAUCAGAGGAAAAAUUGUAUUCCAUGAAACUGGUCAGUCCCUGGUGCCAAAAAGUUGGGGAGCAUUGCUACCACUGAAUAAAAUUGUCAAUCUGU